AUGCUCUCAGGAGCCGAAACGGUGUUGGAAGCGAUUGAGGCGCAGCAACAACUGAAACAGCUUCUCGCACACGGUGGCUUCCCAGUCCAUAAAUGGUGCUCCAACUCGGUAGAGUUCCUCAAGCACAUGCCUGUAGAAGAACGUGAAACGCAAGUGCCGCUGGAGGAGAGUGGCGCGAACAAGGUCAUCAAGGUUCUAGGACUGCACUGGGACCCUGAAGCAGAUACCCUACUGAUUGCCAACCAAACCCGGCCGUCGACGAGUGAUGUUGUAACCAAAAGAAUGAUCUACGCUGGGGUUGCUAAGUUCUACGACCCACUCGGGCUCUUCUCGCCUGCUAUCGUCCUCGCCAAACUACAAUCGCAGCAUCUUUGGAAAAUCAAGGCAGACUGGGACGAUCCGCUCGAAGGAGAGGUGGCGCGCCAUUGGCAGGAUCUUCAAGCGUCACUGGCGAAGCUCAAUCAGAUCCAAGUUCCGAGACGUGUAACGGCGAACAACGCGGUAGCUUAUGAGUUGCACGGGUUUGCAGAUGCUUCCAACGUAGCGUACGGAGCCUGUGUGUAUUUGCGAAGCAUUUUUGCCGACGGCUCGGCAAAGAUGUCGCUGCUGACCAGCAAGUCCAAGCUGGCUUCCCUGAAAGAGCUGUCCAUCCCUCGGAAGGAGUGCUGCGGUGCUCUUCUGUUGACACGUCUUGUGAAAAAGGUGAUCACCGAGCUGAACAUGGAGUUCCAAGAUGUCGUACUGUGGUGCGAUAGCAUGAUCGUGCUGGCCUGGAUUAAAAAACCGCUCAACCAACUCAAGCAGUUCGUGAGAAAUCGCAUCGCUGUCAUUCAGGACGAGACCGAUGGCUUCCGAUGGGAGUAUAUCAACACGGAGAACAACCCUGCGGACAUAGUUUCCCGCGGUCAGGUGCCAGAACUUCUGCGCGACAACCGGCUCUGGUGUAGCUUCCGUAAGAUCCAACGAAUUGUCGGCUACGCUUUGCGUUUUGCCGAAAACUGCCGGAAGAAACCCGCUGAACGUAGGAGCGGCCAGAUCUUGACGAUCAUAGAGCUGCGCAAGUCGAGGGAAGCAAUACUGAAGGUGAUUCAACUCGUUCAUCUGGGAGACGAGAUUCGGCGCGUUCGCCUCAACGAGCCUUGCAAACGGAUCGGAAACCUCCGACCGAUCCUUCACGAGGGAUUACUCCGAGUUGGCGGUCGUCUCGAUCGCUCACAGCUUGCAUUUGAAUGUCGACACCCAAUCAUCCUCCCGGACAAGGACCCGCUGGUGAGGAAGAUGAUAGAGGAAAUGCACAUCGAUUUUGUGCAUGUCGGUCAGAACGGACUUGUAAACGCCCUGCGUCAACGAUUCUGGUUGCUAAACGCAAGAUCUACUAUCCGUAAAAUUACGCGGCGAUGCGUUAAGUGCUUCCGGUGUGACCCCACUCGUACAACGCAGCUGAUGGGAAAUUUACCUCCAGCGAGAGUUGUUCCUUCACCACCUUUUGCCGCCACUGGAGUUGACUACGCCGGUCCAUUUUGGGUCAAGCAAGGUUCUCGUCGACCCACUCUUGUGAAGGCAUACUUGGCAGUUUUUGUCUGUAUGGCCACCAAAGCGGUGCAUUUGGAGCUCGUGUCCGAUCUUAGCACCGACGCAUUCGUGGCGGCACUUCGACGGAUGAUCAGUCGCAGAGGGUGCGUUCAAGAGUUGCAUUCGGACAACGCAACUAACUUCAAGGGCGCUCACCACGAAUUGCACGAGCUUCACAAGCAGUUCCGGGAUCAGCUAGCGGUUCAGCGCAUCGUACAAUUUUGCCAAGAACGUGAGAUCGAGUGGCAUUUUAUUCCACCGGACGCUCCCGAGUUCGGAGGGCUCUGGGAGGCAGCUGUAAAAUCCGCUAAAACUCACCUGAAGCGCAUCGUAGGUAAUGCAAAGUUGACUUACGAAGAGUUCUCAACGGUGCUGACUGAAAUCGAAGCCGUACUGAACUCGCGCCCGAUGUUCGCUGUGUCCAACGAUCCUGCCGACCCGCUGGUGAUCACACCGGCACAUUACCUGAUUGGCCGUCCUCUCACUGCCCCGGCUGAACCGUCUCUGGAGGAUUUGAACGCCAACCGAUUGGAUCGGUGGCAACACCUGCAGCUCAUGCGUGAGCACUUUUGGCGUGCCUGGAGUCGUGAAUAUCUAAACACACUGCAACCAAGGAAGAAAAACUUGCGCGCAAUGCCAAAUGUUCGUGUCGGUAUGAUCGUCUUGCUUCACGACCGAGUUCUGCCACCCCUUAAUUGGAGGCUAGGACGAAUCACGGCGGUUUAUCCAGGAGAAGACGGAUUUGUACGAGCAGUUGACGUGACCGUGAACGGAUCGACCUACCGGCGCCCCAUCAACAAGAUCUCCAUCCUUCCGAUCGAGGACAACCUACCAGAUGAAGCUUCUAAGGUUGAGCAGACUCAACCGGGGGGAGGAUGUUCGGUGUCGCCCCUCCCGCACGACGACGCCCAUGCUGAUUAA